AUGACUCUGGAAGCUGAUGAAAUUGGCUCUAUGACUCUGAAAUCUGAUGAAAUUGAAUCGGAAAGUUCUUCUGAAGAGGAUUUGUUUAGUAUUCUCAAAGUUGAUAAGCCAAUCAGUAGCAAUGUUGAUGGUAGUGGUGGAAAUUCAAAGCAAAUAGUAUUUGGUCGAGGUCAAAAUGAAACUCAAAGAAUUUGCGACGAGAAUGGAGUCCGACUAUCAACCUUAGAGCCUGCUGGUGUUAAACGUCAGCAGCAGCAGCAGCAGCAGCAGCAGCAGCAGCAGCAUAAGAAGAAGCAGAGUACGAUAUUUCCGCCAAUGAAGAAAGUACGAUAUCCCAGUAGUGACGAGGUGACAUCGAUAGACAGCAACAAUAAGGAAGAAGAAGAAGAAGAGGAGGAGGAGGAUGACCCCUUUGGUAUUAUAACCCCAGCAGCGCUUCAAGAGAAGAUGAAAAGGAUAACCGAUUUAAGAGGUCGACGUGUUGAAUUAAAGAAGAGAUUUGAUGAAGAGGAGCAAUUGAAAAGGGAGAAAGAGAAAUCCCUAGAAUUGCAAAAGCUUCGAAUUUUGAACGAGUUGAAUGGUGUAAAUGAAAACAAUAAUAAAGACAAUCACGAUAAUGAUGAUAGUGAAGGAGGAGAGGAGAAAAAGAAGGAAGGGAAUGAUAUUGAAAGAAAGUAUGACCUAAUCAGAGAUAGAAAACGUUUGGAGAAAUUGGUUGAAAUGGAGAAUAAUCCAAGGAAUAAGUAUGAGGGUCUUACUCGACAUUUCUAUUGUUUAAGAAACGUGACGAAAUUUUGCUUAGAAGUAGAUGAUAAUCUUCCUGAUCCAAUUUCACGGUCUUUACAGUUCUUGAUACGUAGUGAUAAAACAGCUGCAUUUAAAAAAGUCAAAUAUGGGCUAAAACGAUUUUUAAAGACUGUUUUACAAAUGAAUAACCCAGGGGUAUUAUUGAGCGUAGCGGAAAUGAUUAGCGGUCAACAGUUGAAAGAAGAUGAUGAUGAAAGAGAAGAAGAAGCAGUGUUUUCUAGUGAGGAAUUAGAAGAAAUCAUAUUAAAGCUUGGCUAUAAUGCUUCCACAAAAUCGGAGGAUUCUCAGAAGCUAUUGAUAAAGAUCGAACAGCCGAAUAAUGGGGUGAGGCUUCAACUACUUAGACUAACAUUAAUAUUUAGCAUCUUUUUGGCAUUUCCCCAUAUUGAAAUGGACACACUAGACAACUUUUUGUGGAUGUUUUUAUUAGUGUUAUCUGAUUACAAUGCAAAUAAAGAUGAAUUGGCUGCCUUGGAGACUUUUUUGAAAACGAUAUUCCCAAAAUUUGCUGAUAGGUACAUGGAUGUUGAUAUAUUUGUUGGCAAAAUUAUCAAUUUGACAAGUAAAAUACAUACAGUGAAAAUUGGACAGGUAGAGGAGUCCUCCUCCAUCAUUUUUUCCAAAUUGGUUAGUAGAAAAAUGGACUAUGAAUUGCAGUACAAUAUUUUGAAACUACUCAACGUUACAUUUGCAAUGGAACUGGAUUCCAAUAUCAGUUUAGUAAUCAACCAGUUAAAUUUGAAAUAUGUAUGUGAUAUUGGCCCGCUUGAAAGAAACCCCAAACUAUACAAGAUAAUCAAGAAAAUACCAAUAACAGGCAAUAUACGUGAACGAAUACGAUUGAAUGAUAUUGACUUUGCCAAUGAGAUUUACAUAUAUUAUUACAAGAUCAAAUUAUUGCCAUUCAUAUUAGUUACUCAUCCAUUUAAUUUUGAAAAAGAUCGAGAGCAUAACUCCAAGGUUAUCAAGAGUAAAAAGGCAUCAUUGGAUUUUUUACUUGCCGAUUGUUUCCAAUUGAUGAAGAUAAUGGGCAGUGAAAUAUCCAUCAAACGCGAUUUGUGUUUUAAUGGAGAAGAAAUUAUUCGAUUAUUGACCGAUCUUCAUCAAGAUUUGACUUUACAAGGUGAAAAAGUGGAGUAUGAUUUGAGAUCUAUUAAUGAAGAUUUUUUUUAUGGAGAUUCUUGA